UCACGGACUCGGAACAUCAGAAAAUAACAACAUCCAAAUCCGCGAUUCCGUUUUCUUUUAUAGCGCAUUAAAUUGUAUUAACAUUAGAAGGAGCUCGCUCUCGUAUUUGAGACAGAAGGUGUUGUGAAACUCUAGAUUAUUCUCCCUGUAACGGCGCUCUCCGUGAAUGCAGCAGAGAUAUCUUCUCGUAGUUAAAGUUAGUCCCCCCAAGCGGAGUAAUAUUGUUAGUAUUUACAGUGUGGUUGUUGCAUGCUUUCUUGGUACACAAGAUCGCGUGUACAGUUCAUUAUCUUUAGCACAGAAUUGUCUACUGCGUCCACCUACCAUUGUCGAUUCCGUGUCAUCUGUGAACUGCUGAUGAUCCCGCCUCCAAAGAACCUAAGCUGAAUUCUCAUUGGAAGAAUGGAGCGCCGGUCUUUCCUACACGAGUGAACACGCCAAGAGACUCCAGUGGUGACCCCCUUUGGAGACAGAAAUCAAAGGCAAGGAGGCUGAAGUCACUACGCUGGAACUGAAGAUUGCUUUAAACAAGCAAUUCCUUCUAGAAGGUUUUGAAGUCAUGAUGCAAGAAUCUGGGACAGAGGCGACAAGCAACGGUCCGGCCAAUCAGAACGGAGCAGCGAGCGUGGAGGGCGGAGCCAGGGACGCGAGGCCCGGGAGCGUGACGACCCCGUCGGCAGCUGAUCUGAUCCAUCUCCAGCAGCACCAGGCUCUCCAAGUGGCUCGACAGAUCCUUCUACAACAACAACAACAACAACAACAACAACAGCAGCAGCAACAGCUGCAGCCUCAGCAAGGCACCGGUCUAAAAUCCCCCAAAGGCAGUGAGAAGCAGCCAAGUCUACAGGUUCCAGUCUCAGUGGCUAUGAUGACACCCCAGGUAAUAACUCCCCAGCGGAUGCAGCAGAUCCUCCAGCAGCAGGUGCUGAGCCCUCAGCAGCUCCAGGUGCUCCUGCAACAGCAGCAGGCACUCAUGUUACAACAGCAGCAACUCCAAGAGUUCUACAAGAAGCAGCAGGAACAGCUCCACCUCCAGCUCCUCCAGCAGCAGCAUGCGGGCACGCAGAGUAAAGAGCAGCAGCAGCAGGCCCAGCGUUUGGCCUUCCAGCAGCAGCUCAUGCAGGUCCAACAGCUCCAGCAGCAGCACCUGCUCAACCUCCAGAGACAAGGCCUGCUCACCAUCCAGCCUGGACAGACCACCUUGCCCCUGCACUCGCUCACUCAGGGCAUGAUUCCAGCGGAGCUUCAGCAGCUGUGGAAGGAGGUGACGAACGUGAAGGAAGAGAACAGCAGCAGCAACAACAACAGCCACCGCGGCCUGGACCUGUCCUCGCCACAACCCCCCAAGAACCCCCUCCUCAACCAACACGCCUCCACCAACGGACAGUACAUGAGCCACUCUCUGAAGAGAGAAGGAUCAACGCUAGACGACCACCACCACUCUCACCACAGUCACCCACUCUAUGGGCAUGGGGUUUGCAAGUGGCCUGGAUGCGAGGCGGUAUUUGAGGACUUCCAAUCAUUCCUAAAGCAUCUCAACAAUGAGCACGCCCUGGACGACAGGAGCACAGCACAAUGUCGGGUGCAAAUGCAGGUCGUACAGCAGCUGGAACUACAGCUGGCGAAAGACAAAGAGCGUCUGCAAGCCAUGAUGACGCAUCUCCACGUCAAAUCCACUGAGCCCAAACCCACCCCACAGCCACUCAACCUGGUGUCCAACGUCACCCUGUCCAAAACAGCCCCCCCUGAGGCCUCGCCUCUGAGCCUGCCCCAGACCCCAACCACACCCACGGCCCCCCUGACUCCCCUGUCCCAGGCCUACUCCGUCAUCACCCCCAACAGCCUCCACCACAGCGUGGGCCCCAUGCGCCGGCGCUACUCUGACAAGUACAACAUGCCCAUUUCCCCAGAUAUUGUCCAGAACAAAGAGUUCUACAUGAAUGCUGAAGUCAGACCUCCCUUCACAUAUGCCUCACUUAUACGCCAGGCUAUCCUUGAAUCACCGGAAAAACAGCUAACACUAAAUGAAAUUUACAACUGGUUCACACGAAUGUUUGCAUAUUUCAGGCGCAACGCCGCAACAUGGAAGAACGCAGUCCGGCAUAAUCUUAGUCUUCACAAGUGUUUUGUGCGAGUAGAAAACGUUAAAGGGGCUGUGUGGACAGUGGAUGAACUAGAGUUCCAAAAGAGAAGGCCACAAAAGAUCAGUGGAAGUCCAGCAUUAGUGAAGAACAUCCAGACCAGCUUGGGUUAUGGGCCAGCUCUCUCUGCAGCCUUCCAGGCUUCAAUGGCAGAAAACAACAUACCUCUAUACACUACUGCUUCCAUUGGAAGUCCCACCCUCAACUCCCUGGCGAAUGCCAUCCGAGAGGAGAUGAACGGAGCGAUGGACCAUGGAAACAGCAACGGCAGUGACAGCAGUCCAGGACGCUCUCCCUUGCCAGCUAUGCAUCACAUUAAAGAGGAACCGCUGGACCCGGAGGACCACGAAGGCCCCCUCUCCCUUGUGAUGACGGCCAACCACAGUCCAGAUUUCGGUCACCACAGAGAUUACGAUGACGACCAGGGCCACGAUGACAUGCUGUAAGGCCAGGCCCCCAGAGGCAGAACUAACCUUAGUCAUCUGUGAGAUGCCACGACGUCACAGAUAACACAGAUACAAGACUGCAGUCUCAGCCCUCUGAUGACAGCUAUCAAAUGUUUCCAAUUGACUUUUAGUGCCAUUAAAUACAUAGUGAAAAACACAAGAACGAGAAUACGUCUCACUUGGGAGUAUUUUUGAUUUAUAUCUACUUUUUGGUUUAAGUGAACGAAAAAAAAAAGACAUUUCUACUCAACAUGCGUUGGAUGGACAUGUUUGGUACUGGGGACUUCUUGGUUAGUGUGGUGAUUUAAAAUCCAGGAUGGACUUGGACCUGCACUGUGCAGCCAGUAUGGACUGCAUGCAGCCCACUCAACCACACUGAGCACGGACUGCUGAGGGGUUCUCUGUCUUUUUCUCUCUCACACACACACACACACACACACACACACACACACACACACACAUACGCCCAUAUGCCCAUAAACUUAAGAGAUAUUGACUGACAUUUAAUUUACACUGUGUGUGUGUGUGUGUGUGUGUGUGUGUAUAUUUUGUUAAUUGUCACUGCCUUCAAAACUUCAUUGGUUUGCUUCCAUCUAGGGUGGGAGGGAUGUUUUUUGGUGUGUUUUGAGGGUGAGGGGUUUAAAAUCUAAAUGUAUGUCUUUUUCAUUGUACAUUGCUCUUUAUCGCUUUUGAUUUCUUUAACUGAUCAGACCUCAUGCCCGUGCUGUGGAGAUUCUGGAUGGUCAGCACUUGAUGAAUGCUUAUAUGAUUUCCUUUCAUGUUGUCUCCAUGUUGUUGUUUUUUACAUGAAGCAGAAUGUCAAAAUACCAAGUAGUAUUUUUCUGUCAUUUAUUCCACAUGCUUCAGAAUGCCACCUCCCUGACAUGUAGCCCAUCCCCCCAAGCUCAUGAAGUCCGUCUGCAAUGCACUACUCGUAAUGAAGGCUCUCUCCACGCAUCAAUGAAGUUUAAUUUAAGAUGGGAAUGAAUGACAGAGAAAUCAUGCAGGUUAUGAUUUAUCCUCAUGAAAUGAUGUCUGAGAACAGCCCUUCACGGCAGUGCAUGUUAGCUGCAUCCACAUUUCUGAUCAUUCACAAGCUCCCAGUUUUAGAAAGAAAAUGAAAUGCCAGGUGUGCAAGACAAAGAUGAUAUUUUAGACCAGAUAGUUGUGAUUCCUGAAGACAACUGUCAUCGUAGGUCAAACGUGUCUAGUCAUUUCACUCAUGGAGGGAUUGUUUGGCCAGGCUUGACGAUAUCAAAGUGCAUUCCCUAUAGUUGUCAUGUCUUUUACCAUAUGCAUGACCAGUUGGCUCUCUCAGUUCUGAGUGAUUAUUAAUAAUUACACACAUCAGAUUAAAUAUUAAUGUCCUUAAUUUCGGGAUAAUCCCAAAACGGGCAAUAAGACCUGAUCAUUGCUUCAUUCCGGUAUUUGUCAGCCAUGUUACGGCCCCAGAUGCCCACCCUUCCACAAGCGAACUGAUGAUCUGGUACAGUCGGUAGUCAACAUCAGCAGAACCCAAUGACCAAGUCAGAGUAGUGGUGUAGGCCCUGCGAUAGAGUGAAUGGGAUUGAUGCAGGGACUGUGGGGCUGUGAGGCUGAACACAAAUGGGCUUGAUCCUAGGUUUGGUAUAUUGAUAUGAAACGGAAUAUGCUCGGUCAAAGACUGACUUUUUAAAGACUGCAACCACUUUGCAUUUUUAUUUAUUAUUAUUAGUUCCGUUUUUAGUUUUACUUUUGUAUUUAGUUGUUGAUGUGUCGGAUAUCUUGUUCUGUGACUACCAAAGAUAAACUACAAAGUAAAAACGAUGUUCUCUGUUUCAUGCAAUAGCAGAUAAGGCCAAAUAUCCUCCAUUCUCUCCCAUUGGAUGUGACAGGAUCUAUUGAUGGGAGUAUAGUCUCAGCUUUGUCAAGCCAAUGGUUCAUUGAUUAGAGAGGGUGCUCCUCAAGCAGUCGGACUGUCAUCACCUUUAAAGCCAAAGGGUUGUCAUGACGAGUACAGUAGCUGCAGGACUUUGCAGUGACCAAAACCUCAAGGGAGAUGCAGAGUCAGACAAACAUUAUGACCAAAUUAGGGGAGCAUGGUCUUUGGACCAAUGAGAGGGAAAGGGAUCACUCUGUCCAUCUAUCAGCAGCAGAUUACUGUGCAACAUAAGGGGGUGGAUAAAAGGAGAUGAUGAUAAUAACAAUGCUGAUUUACCAGUAGACAGGAGAGCUUUGCAGAGAACAAUGUGAAAAAGGAUUCUUUACUUCAACUGGACCACACAAUGAUUAAAUAUUUUGUUUGUUUUUUUAUUCUUUAUGAAUUUGUACCCUUCCCAACGAUUGUAUGCCACUCUUGAGUGAGUCCUGCUAUCUUGACGGGAUUCUAGUGUUCUCUGUUAACAUUGGCACGGCUUUAUGAUUGUGUUUAGUUUCUGUCAACGUAUUACUUUUUAUAUUAAAAAACACUCCUGUCAACUAAUAAGCUGGGUACAAGGUACUUUAUGGCAGUUAUUUGAACAUUUCAUCAUGCGUUUCCUAUUGCUAAUGAAAAGGGCAAUCUGUGGUUUUCAGAAAAUGUAUUUAAUAUCCAAUAGCAGGCAGCUGUGGGAUGGGUCAGUAACAGCCGGACUGGGAUCGUGAGAACAACUCGAUCUCAUCCAAAGCCAGUCUUCUGCUGAUUUGCUUGGUAUUCUAAAGGGGGGAAAGCUGGUAGAUUAGAGCAUUCUCAGCAUGUGUAGCUUGACAUUACUAAAGAUAACAGCAUGAGAAAAAUUGUUAGUACACAGACCUCAGUUCAAACCUAUAGGGAAUGAUUAAAUUAAGAGAGAAAAAAUGUGUUUCACUCAGUUGCAUUUAGUUGUAUGUCUUGCAUGUGUAGUCUAAAACUGUAGUGAGUGAAAAAAUAUUUUUUUAAAGGCAAAAAAAAAAAAGAAAAGAUAAGAAUACAACAUUUGAGCUUGUUUAUCUUGAGGGUCUCGCGUCCUUUUUGCAAAAUCAAUCCAAACCUCAGGCCUUUUUUCAUGAAGAAAUCACCUAACUUUAUUUGAUCCCCUUUUUCACAGUCUUACUGUCAGUCGCUUGGUCGUGGGCUUUACAACAGUAGGUUGUUAGUAUAGCGCCUUGUGUCUUUUUCUUGUCGUUUUCUUUGCUUGUUUCUUUCAAAGAUCAAAAAAUGACAUGUGUGUUAUUAUUUUUGCUUUAUCACAACUGCUUUGUGUUAGCUUUAAAAAAAAAAAAGCUUUGAAAAAUUGCUGUAUGUAUUGGAAUAGCAAACUGUACUGCAAAUGUAUUUUACUUAGUAAUCCUUGCUUUAAAACGUCAUACAUGCAGACAUCUGUGCGAGAUGGGCGGGGCAGGGUGGGGGAUUAUCCCAGAUUUUGGAUUUUAAACUGUAAAAUAGGAAACAGACUUUUUCUCUGUUAUCAUUGACCUAAGGAUUUUGUACAGAUUUUGUUCUUCCUUGUGUUAAGCUGUUUUUGAUACUUCCUUUUGAUGGUCCAACCACUGCCUUCUGUGGCUAUAUGUUAAACAUUACUGCUCGGCGAAAGGGCAGACAGGUAUAUUUCCUCUACAAGACUGAGGUAUCUUGCAUGACUAAUUCCAGGGUCACAGAGAUGAGAAAUAAUAGUUAAGUGGUCAGUAAUAGUAUAAGGGUGUAUCAAUCUAAUGAUAUUUUAUAUGAAACUAAUAGGAAAAAUAAGAAAAAUAUGCAGUGCCAAGAUGUAGAGUAUUUGUUAAAUGCUUCGUUUUUAUUCCAGAGGAAUCGAUUCAUUCAUACGUACAUCAUCAGUGAUGUCAUCAUCAUCAGCCCAUCAUCAUUAGGUGAAAUACAUACCGUUUUUUUGUUAUAUUUUUAUCUCAACUGUUAUUUUUUCAUGAUAAGUAAAGCCAAGCACAUCAGGUAGCAGUCUUAAGUGGAGCUUAAAGGUUAAACGUUUGAUGUGAGUCGGACUGUACUCGUCCUUGAUAUACUGUAUGUUGAAUUUUGAACAAGAAAUAUCAACCCAAGUCGAGUAACCUUUUGACCUUGCUGUGCUCUGUGUAGGCGGCAUCAGAUUCCCCCUCAAGACACUUGUGGACAUGCUAAUUUGCCACGGUUCCAUCAAUCAUGAUCCACCCCACUGUCGUUCACCACUGUGUUGUACCAUCAUCCUCUCAACCCUUGCUUCUGGCAGAGGGAGGGAGGGAGGGAGGGAAGAGGGUACAGCAGAGCAGCUGUCACGGUGCUUUAAUGUUUCAGCAGUUAGGUUAGUUUUCUGUUGAAGCUGUAGUCUGUAGUUUUCUGUUUUAUUAACUAAAUAUUCUGCUCAUCACCUCCAUCAUCAGUCUGUAAUCUCCUCAUCAUUCCUGGUCUGUCUGAUGCAGAGUAUUCUGUUGUACAGUCAGUCUCGAUAACUGACGUAAGCAUUCUAAAAAUGCAAUAAAAUGCUGGUUGUUCA